UCCCUCCCUCCGCCUGCAUGGAGAGAGCCACGGAAUGGCGGAGCGAGAGAAAGGAGCCGCAUCCCCGCCCGCCUCCUCCCCCUUCCUGGGGCUGCACCUCGCCUCGCCCCCCAAUUUCAGGCUCACCCACGACAUCAGCCUUGAGGAGUUUGAGGAUGAAGACCUCUCUGAGAUCACUGAUGAGUGUGGCAUCAGCCUACACUGCAAGGACAGCCUGGCCACCCGAGGCCGCGUGAGCCGGUCGGGCGGCGCGGCGCGGGCUGCGGGCGGCGGGGAGGGAGGCCGACUGCAGGCCGAGAUGCUGCAGCUCGACCUCAUCGACGCCGCCGGGGACGCGCCGGCCGAGGAGCAGACGGCGCCCGCGCCCCUGCAAAAGGAGCCGCCGCCCGCCAGCACCGACAGCUACCGGCCCAAGCGCCCCACCACGCUCAACCUCUUCCCGCAGGUGCCUCGCAGCCAGGGACCCCGAGGAGCCGGUGGCACGUGGGAGCCACAUCCAGCUGGGGGGACGGGGACAGCAAAGGCCCCCCCCGGGCAGCUGGUCCCAACCAGCGUCCAGACCUGCGGAGAGGACACCCUGAAUAACAACUCUCUGGGGAAAAAGCACAGUUGGCAAGAGCGGGUGUCCCGGUCAUCAUCCCCUCUGAAGACGGGUGAGCAGACCCCUCCCCAUGACCACGUUUGCCUGAGUGAUGAGGUCAAUCACCAAAACAGCACAACCUCCACCAAAGACCGGGGCACAUCCACAGAAAGCCCAUGCCGGCGCACGGCAGCCACUCAGAUGGCACCCGCCUGUGUUGCCUCCUCCCGGCCCCCCGAGAAGCACCAGGCUGCCAGCCAACCCCCGCCCCACGGUGCCAGUGUGGUGGUGGUGACAUCGAGGGCCCCUGAGGCCCACCGGGACCGCAUCCGCUACCAGACAGACGUGAGGCUGGAGGCCACUGAGGAGAUCUACCUGACACCUGUGCAGAAGAACUCAGACCCGCUGGAGACCGAGAAGCCGUUCCUGUCACAGUCCAGUGAGAACCGCAUGUCUAUCAGCUCUGACAUCGACACCUCCAGCUACUCAGCCCUGGCUGGGAAAACCAACCCCUCCAUCAGUGAGGAGGAUGAGGUGCUGGACUACAUGUCCUCCCCUGACAAGACGAGCCUGCCCCGGGUCUCCUGCGGUGGUGGGACCAGUGGCUACCGGCCAGGCCACGGCCUUCAGAGAGCAUCCGUGAGCUCAGACACCAGCGCCCUCUCCUACGACUCGGUCAAGUACACGCUGGUGGUGGAUGAGAACGUGCAGCUGGAGCUGGUCAGCCUCAAGCAGUGCUACUCGGGCUACAGCGAUGAGAGUGACUCGGCUACUGUCUAUGACAACUGCGUCUCCUCACCCUACGAGUCAGCCAUCGGUGAGGAGUACGAGGAGGAUGCGCUGAAGCGCGACUCGGUCUGCCUCUCUGAGGACUCCACCCCCGAGGCGGACAUCCACUUCUCCAAGAAGUUCCUCAACGUCUUCAUGAGUGGCCGGGCGCGCUCCUCCAGUGCUGAGUCCUUUGGGUUGUUCUCUUGCAUGAUCAAUGGUGAGGAGCAGGAACAGACCCACCGUGCUGUGUUCAGGUUUGUUCCUCGCCAUGCGGACGAGCUGGAGCUGGAGGUGGAUGACCCUUUGCUGGUGGAGGUGCAGGCAGAAGAUUAUUGGUACGAGGCCUACAACAUGCGGACAGGGGAUCGGGGCAUUUUUCCUGCCUACUACGCUAUCGAAGUCACCAAGGAUCCAGACCAUAUAACAGCUCUAGCCAAGAGCAACGACUGGGUGGACCAGUUUCGGGUGAAGUUCCUCGGCUCGGUGCAGGUUCCCUAUCACAAGGGCAAUGAUGUACUGUGCGCGGCCAUGCAGAAGAUUGCCACCACGCGCCGCCUCACUGUGCACUUUAACCCACCCUCCAGCUGUGUCUUGGAGAUCAGCGUGCGUGGGGUCAAGAUAGCUGUGAAAGCCGAUGACUCCAAGGAGCACAGCAAGGUAAACAAGUGUAGCCAUUUUUUCCAGCUGAAGAACAUUUCCUUUUGUGGAUACCAUCCAAAGAACAACAAAUAUUUUGGGUUCAUCACCAAGCACCCUGCUGACCACAGGUUUGCCUGCCACGUCUUUGUCUCGGAGGAGUCCACGAAGCCUCUGGCGGAGUCUGUAGGGAGGGCUUUUCAGCAAUUCUACAAGGAGUAUGUGGAGUACACGUGCCCCACAGAAGACAUCUACCUGGAGUAGGGGCUGGCAUAGGCACCUGCUGCACAGCCAGGGCUGCAGUCUCGCCCCUUCCGCGUCGUGCAUGGACAAGAGCUGCUUUGAGAUUGGAGAAGUG